AUGGGGGCCCCUUGCUGGGGGGCCCCGCUGGCAGCAAGCCCGAAGGCCCCCGUGCUGCUGCGGCUAGACCCUGUGUGCUUAGCAGCAGCAGCAGAUGUUGUGCUGCUGGAACUGGGGCCGCUGCAGCAAGGAGCAGCAGCAGCAGCAGAAGAGCAGCUGCAGGCCCUCGCCACAAGGGUGGGGGCCCUGCUACCGUCGCAGGAGAUUUUAGACAGCGAAAGGUACAGGAGGGCCCCCGACAGGCUGCGGGCGCUGAGCAGCAGAUUGCUGCAGCGUUUGCUGCUGUCUUCUCACUGCAGCAAAAGUCCCAAGUCCAUUUUGAUUGAAAGAAAAGCCACAAGAAGCAAACCCAUUUGGAGACCAUCGGCGGGAGAAACAGCUGACUUCGUACACUUCAAUGUAUCUCACGACGAGGGCCUGGUGGUUUUCGGGGCCUCAAGACACCUCGUUGGAGUCGACUGCAUGCGGUGCUCCGCUAGAGGCAGAGACACAGCUGAGUUCCUGCAGCAAAUGAAAAGCCACUGUACCCAAAAGGACUGGGCCUACGUCAUGGGGGCCCACUUGAAGGAGCAGCAGCUCAGAAGAUUCAUGAGGGUCUGGACUGUGAAGGAGGCCUUCGUCAAAGCACUGGGCACAGGAAUUUACAUCGAGCCCGAGCGGCUGCAGUGCUUCUUCCCCGCUGUGGGGCCCCCCAGCAUAGCUUUAGAUGGGGCCCCCCAAACGGAUUUUUAUUUUCGACUUGAAGAAGAAGAGGCCCCUGGAUAUAUUAUUUGUGUUUGUGUGGGGCCCCCCAGCAGGGCCAUUGAGGCCUACAAGAAGUGCAUGCAAAGGGAUCCCGAAGAAGAAGAGGGGGCCCCCAUAACAACAACCCCACCUUCUGACGCGUGGGCCUUUAGGGGUUUCUCUUUUGCUGAAUUUGUUGCAGCAGCAGACGCAGCAAUACAGCGCUGGAGCACCUAG